CAGAAAACAACCAAACACCGCCGCCAAAGAGUUUUUUGCCAACCUGGAACGACUUCUCCAUGAUCGACGUUCCCGGAUCUGGCUGAGACCGAGGUAGCCGUGAUGUAUCCUCUGGCAAUCCGUCGUCAAUGUCACGAUGCAUACCAUACCCAUACCCAUACACUUUUGCUCUGUGUCCCUGCGCCUGCCGUGUGCCGUCCCAUUUUGGAGCAAGGGUGGAGCGUCCUGUCGUCCCGUCUUCCGGCAAACAACUUCAUAUAAGAUGACAGGUGCCCUCGUUACGUCGUAAUGAAGUUAUUUUGGCUCACUUCUCUUCUCAGUCAGUCGCUCUUGUUUGGUGUAAACAGUAGAGGCUAGGUACCUCAUCACCCCCAACGGCCGGCCCAAUACAUUCUCUUCUAUCUUUUAACCUUUUUUUUUAGUAAUUCAACUUUUUUUUUUUAUUCUAUAUUCAUUUCGACCUAAUCAGCCCAGGUGGCCGAAGACAUUCGCUGAGCGAUAUUUUGAGCUAGAGACAGAAGAAGAAGAAAAGAGAAACACAAGACCCCUUUCACUCCUUCACACACACAUACACACAAGUCAACAUGAGGCCUUUCGCUCCUUUUACCUUUAGCAGCCUUCUUGGGCUCGCUGCUCUGGCUCUUGCACAGAACCAAAAGGUCAACUUUAACCAGGUCGCCAACAUUAACGGUGAUAUGCAACUUAAUACGCUGCAAUUCCCUGAUGGAACCAAGAUCGAGACCUUUUCGCAAACACAACAGCAGGUUCUCGUCAACCAGAACCCCAACCCGCUGCCGGCCAACAACGUGGUUGGCAGCACGGGGCAGCCGUUUGUGGCCCUCCAGAAGCAGUCGGUCAUCAUCCAGACCAACAAGGCUGUGGACCUGGUGGGUGGCCAGAUCGAGCUCCCCAUCGACGACAAGGAGCUGGCACGUCAAAAGAUCCUGCUGGACAACACCUUUGUUGCCAUGCUGUCCCAGGAUCGCCAGGCCUGGAUCAUCCAGGAGGCCAUCAAGAGCGUCAACGGCACGGACAAGACGGCGCGCAUGGUCAAGCUCAACCGCAUCGACGGCGAGUACAUGAUCCUGGGCAGGAAGACGGCCGAGACGGGCCAGAGCCUGACGACUUUUGGCAACCAGGCCGCCAACCAGGUCAAGAUCGAUGGUGCUGGCCUCCAGGAGGUCGAGUUCACUGACGGCUUCCGCCUCUCGAUCCGCUCGAGCCAGCCCAUGGUCGUGCAGACCGAGGUGAUCAACGGCAUCAACGCCGGUCAGCUUAGCGGUGGAGUGCAGGCCGUGAACAACUUUAGGUAUCUGGUCACGACCAACUUGGGUGGUCUGCAGCCGGGAUUGGACAACAUGGUUGCCGUUGUGCAGCUGCCGAUCAACCCUGCUCGUCUCAUGGCCACCGCCCAGGCAAUGGGCAUGUCUGACGCCUCGGCCAUCCAGCUCAGCGUCGCCCAGCGUGGCGUGCUCGCAAACCCCGGUGGUGCUCAGCAGAACAUUAUUGCACCGGCUCCCCGCGUCAAGAGACAAGAUGGCAAGGGCAAGGGUGGCAAGGGCAACAACAACAACAACAAGAACAACAACCAGAACAACCAGAACAACCAAAACAACCUCCUCAACAACAACCAGCCUCUCCUUCUCGACAACCAGUUCAAGGCCCUCAACUCUCAGCCCGUCCUUGACAUGGCCAACAUGCGUGUUGCUGUUCCGGUCCAGAGCCUCGACGGCGAGUUCAUUCUGACUGUCGGAGGUGCUGCUGGUGGUGGUGGUGGUGGUGGUGGUGGUGGUGGUGGCAAGCGUGCCGGCGCCGGCAAGGCCGGUGGAAUGUCCCCUCCUGCCGCUGCCCCUCCCGUUGCCGCCCCCGCUGCUGCCCCCGGUGCUGCCCCUGCUGCCGCUCCGGCCGCCGCUCCUGCCGGUGGCAUUCAGCAGAUGGGCAAGACCCCCGGCAAGGUCAAGCGCCAGGACCCUGCUGCCGCCGGUGGAAUCACCAUCCAGAUGACCGACCUCAAGGCCAUGGUUGACAACAUGAUGAACGGUUCCCAGGACACCGCUCCCGUCUGGUCCAUGAUGGUCAACUACGCCAAGGCCAACGGUGCCGCCAAGCCUGAGGGCUUCCCCGCCGCGCCGCCGCCUGUUGAGGCUCCCGCCCAGCCCGCUGCUGCACCACCCGCGCCUGCGCCCGAGGGACAGCCUGCUCCGGCCCCUGCUCCUGCUCCUGCUCCUGCUCCUGCUCCUGCUCCUGCGCCCGAGGGACAGCCGGCUCCCGCCCCUGCUCCUGCUCCCGAGACCCAGCCUGCCCCUGCCCCAGCACCUGCACCAGCACCCGAGGCCCAGCCCGCACCUGCGCCUGCACCUGCGCCCGAGGGACAGCCGGCUCCCGCCCCUGCCCCUGCCCCUGAGGCUCAGCCCCAACCGGCUCCUCAGCGCAGGAGCAGAAUCUACCGCCAGGCCGUUUAAGCCGCUCGCCAGAACGGGGCUGCUUCAUCUUUUUUCUUCUUUUCUCAUGUUUACCUAGGCUAAAGCUCAAAAAAAUCGCUUCUCAUAACAACCAAAAAAAAAAUAUCAGGAUCUUAUUUUGUAUAAUGACUUUUUUCUGCAAAAUAUGCGCCAUCUUUAGCUCAGUGCCUCAGUGAAUGGACUGUCAAGAUGAUUUA